UCUCCCUAGACAUUCAUCACUGUAAUGGGGACCUUUAUGAGAAGCUGGAGUUGCAUAAACUCAAGGACAUUUAUUGGUUCGAGGCGACAUUUCUGCAGUCAUAGUCAUAUUUCAUCACGAAGUGUUAAGGUUCUAUAUGAUGGACAGUGUCCCAUCUGUGUUAAAGAAAUCCAUUUCCUACAAUAUUUGCAAAGGCAUCGUCCAGGAAAAGUUGAUUUUAUUGACAUCUCUCUUGACGGCUAUGAUGGAGGCAAAUACGAAGGAAUCAGCUACGAAAUGGCCAUGGAAGAAAUGCACGUGAUUGAUGAGAAAAAUAAAGUUCAUCGUGGAGUUCCGGCCUUCACGGUCAUGUACAGCGCUGUGGGUUUGGGCUGGUUGGGCCGCUUCAUAUCGUGGCCGGUUGUCCGACCUUUGAUGGACAAAGCUUAUGCUGUGUUCGCCAAGAACCGUCUUAAGUGGACUGGACGAGAUGAGUGCAACACAGGCCGCUGUGUUAAGAAGGACUCAUAAGGAACACAUUUUAGAGACGACUG